AUGGUCGCCUUGGCACCGGCUGCGGACCUUGUUCCCACUACAUACUACCCUCUUACCGAGAAUGAAAUCGGUCCCUUCAAGAAUGGAAUGCCCAAUAAGGAAGCUGGUAUGGAGACUGAGGACAUGGAGAUUGUGUCUUCCGAAUAUGACAGCGCCAAUCCGGCGGCUAUCACCUCAAAUGACGAUGGGAUCAACGAACACGAACUAAAAGUGCUCGACGGACCCAUUGCCUCGGAGAUCUCAAAUGGCUCUGGAACUGAAGCUAUGGCUAUGAUAGUAUUGAAAAUUAUCGAAAGUUAUGGUGUUGACUUUGAGAAGUCGGGGAUUUCCUGGAAGGGCUUUGAGUCGUUUGUUCCAAUUGUUCUGGAGCAGAUUGACCAACAAGAGCCAAUCCGCAUGAUCUUGCCCGCAUUUCCUUUCAAAUCACCCAAUGCGAGCAGUAAAGUGCUGGGAAAUAUGCCCGACUUUGGUGAAGAAUUGGCCUUGGCUCAUUUGAAUGGACUUUGCCAAAAUAUCGGUGAAGUAUACGCCCCUGGGGCCGAUGUCUAUAUCAGCUCGGAUGGGCUUGUAUACAAUGAUACCCUGGGCGUCUCCGAUGAAACCGUUUGGGACUACGGAGAGACCCUGCGAAAGAUGGCCAUCGACAAAGAGCUCCAUCAUGUGAAAUUCAUUCGUCUUUUCGAACUUCUCGAGCAUCCAUGGUUUCAAUCCUCAACACCAGAGGCCGCAAAGGCCUUCUAUCUAGCUCACGCUAGUUGUCUCCGCCGAGAAUUGAUGUACAGAUUUGCUGACCCGAGCUUCAACGCGACGGAGGCUAUCAAAACCGACAAUGAUACUUGUCUGACAUAUCGAGGCUACAUCAAAUUCCUCACCAAGGAUCUAGCCCACCAGGAGACAAAAGCCAUGUCAAAACGCGCUCGACAAGCACAGAUUGCCGAUACGGCACGGCAAAUGAUCAUUCGUGGCAAAAUGUUCGCGGCGGCCAUCAAAGCCAACCGCAAAGACUACGUCCGACUGUCAAUCCACGAGUCUGCGGGCGAGAAGAAGCUUUCUAUCUCGCUUAUUCCACAAAUUCGAGGAACACUGGGGUUUACACCUUGGCACUCUUCUGUGGCUGUCGGACUGGAUGGUUCAUAUCGAACGGUCCACGCCGAAGACGUACGCGAUACGCACGAUCUCAUUUAUAAGAACGGAAAACCAUACUUCUUCCGCGGAAAGUCAUCUCUCUUCGACUGGACCGAGGACGGCUUAUCUGUCAAAUUUGAGCAUCUUUAUCCCUGUGGACUCAUCAUCCGGCCUGCCGAUAUCGACAAUGUCAAUCCUCCGCCGUCGAUCCGCUCCAUCCCCAUGAAAAAGGUCCGCCAGCUGUCAAACAGCAUGUCACCAGUUGUUCUGCGUGGAUUCUCCGAGACUCUGGAGGAAGAUCUCUACGUCAAGAAGGGCGAAGAACUGGGAACUAUUCUCCAAUGGAGCUUUGGAAUAAUCCAAAAGGUACGGGACAACGGACGCUCUGACAAGAUGGGUAACAAUGUGACUUCGAACGAGGCUAUGCCGAUGCAUUUCGACGGGAUGUUCAAGUUUGACGAGAUCACCAACCCAGAAACGGGUGAGAAGACGAAAGUCCAACACCCGCCGGGGUAUCAGUUCUUCACUUGUCCUGCCACUGCGCCCAGGGGCAAUGGUUACACCUUGUUUGCGAGCUCCAGGCUGUUUUGGCGGUACCUGCCUCUCCCGUGGUCUGCUGAUCGCCUUGAAAAGAUCACCUGGGCUAUGGAUAACGAUGGAUUCUGGGAUGCGAAACUCAAGAAUCUGCCGUUGAUCGUGAAGCAUCCUAUCUCUGGAUUACCAUGUCUACGUUGGCAUCAGCCGUGGGAUUCAACCAAGACCAAAUUCUCGACCUGCGAUGUUUCGAUCGAGAAUGACGAUAAUGAUCUGGUCAAGGUUGUGGAUCGCAUCACAUAUGACUAUAGAGUUUGUCUGCGCUUUGGUUGGGAGAAGGGUGAUUUGCUGAUUAGUGAUAACUUUGCCAUGCUGCAUACUCGCACUGGAUAUAUCAGUGACUGUGAUCGGGAACUGUGGCGAAUCCACUGUGACUGA